AUGUUUCCGCUGCGGGACGACGCCUUUGUAUGCCCGCCACCAACGCCAUCGCAAGUCGCUCACUACACCCAGCUCGGCGAGACAACGCUCGAUCAGUUCCUCGAGUCGACGCUGACCAAGCCGAGCGCAACGUCGUGGGACCACGUGGCCACGUACGACUCUGUCGCGCUUUACAAGGGCGCUGUGUCCAUGAAUCCCGACUCGACUGUCGUGCCGUACCGCGCCGUGACGACGGCGCGCGCGACGAUCGAAGAGAUUGCCUACAUCCACUCGUUCGAGACGCGGGCGCAGUGCGCGCACUUUACCAAGCACUACGCCGAAGACAUUCUCGACAUGUUCACCUUGUACAGCUUUGUGCCACGGACCAAGCAAGACCCGUUCAAGCAAGUCUACUUGAAGUGGACGGCGUGCGCGAGCCCGAUGGCGGCCGUGAGCAACCGUGACUUUACGUACCUCGAGUGCCAAGAUGCGAUCGAGACGCCGGCGGGGCGACGAGCCUGGGCUUUUUGCCAAGUGUCGGUCAACUUGCCGUAUCUUCCGUCGCUCGAGGCAUCGCCGCUGGCCCUUGUACGCGGCCAACUGCUUCGCACCGGCUGCGUCUUUGUCGAGACGGCGACUCCCGGCGUUCUCAACGUCAUCUAUCACAUUUGCGUUGACUUCAAGGGUCACAUUCCGGGUUGGACGUACAAGCUCGGCAUGAAGACGCGCGCGCUGAGCGUGCUCCACAUUGAGAAGAACGUGACGCGGCUUCGAUUGAGUGCGCAGCAGAUGCGGGCCAAGGCCGCCGCGACCAAGCUCCCGCGGCCAGGUGUCCAUUGCUCAGUGUGCACCAAGCCCUUUCGCUUCCACCGCGUGCACCAUUGCCGGUCCUGCGCCAAAGUCGUCUGCUCCAAGUGCAGCCAAAAGUACAAGCUGCCGUCGAUGGACGACGACCUUGUCCGGGUCUGUGUCCGCUGCUCCGAGGCUGUUCGGUCCGGCCCGGCGUCCAACCUCGUGGUUAGUGGAUACAGCACGCCCCACUCGGAUGCAUCGUCCGAGCCGUGGUGGACGACUGAGCUCAUGACGCCGCCGCCAAUGACCCCCGUGGCGACUCCCAGAGCGACGCCGAAAGCGAGCCCCAAGGUGGACCUUUCGUAUUUAUCCACGUUUGGGCCCAAGUAG